GCUAGAACGGCGAUGGACCAAAAUGGCAAAAGCUCUCUCUGGCUUAUCUUAUGAAAGCCGACUGACACGCCUAAAUCUAAUUACAUCGCCUUACCGCAGGUUACGAGAUCAAUAUAAGUCCACUAACGUCUUAUCCUUACAAUUAAAGACUUAUUAUUCUUUUCUUUUCUAUAGAGAAGAUUGAAGGUUAUGUUUCUGGUGCAGAAAUCUGGCUAUUAUGAAUCUCAAGGUCUUCGGGCUCAUGGCCUGUCUUUUGUUCGAACAAUGAGUUAGUAGUACCUACGUCUUCUAUGUGUUUAGCUUAAAAUACAAACUAAAAAUGGGAAACUUUUGUGCUUGUUGUGUUUGGAAGUCUCACGACAAACCGAUGGGUGAGACAAAUGCCAUCAAUUAUGGAUCUGCUGUUCCUAAUCAUGUUGGUCAUGUAGGAAAAUCACAAUCAGGUUAUCACUCGGAAUGUGCCAAGGAUGGUAUAUCUGGUUAUCGUUCUUUAUCAAAUGAUCCUUCACAUAUAAAUAAUUCUCAUCCUUAUCAUCGUUCAGAUAGUCGCAUUUCUAGAGCGGGACACAAUGGUCCAGCUCCUCCAGGAGAUAUACAGGGGAUGAGAGACUUUUCUUAUCGAACACAAGGGGACUUUGGUAUGAGCACUGAACCUUCAGACUUCAUGCUUUCCUCAGUUUACACACAAUCAAGCACUUCAAACUUACAGCAUAUCUCAGAGAGAGAACCAGAUGAUACUGAAGCUGAUCCAUCUUUAAAUCCAACUAAAAGAACAUUAUUUAUGCAACGUUCAAGUAAAGAUAUUGAAAGAAAACUUCGUGAAAUUCGAACUAAAUAUGAUCGUAAUGUUCCACGAACUCGUCAAAACACCAUUCCUUUACUUUAUCGUUCCAGUUCUACAUCAACUAUAUGGCUGCAUGAUUCAACUGUAACCAGACCAGAUCCUAAAUCCACUGUUCGCGCAUUAGCUCAGGCAAUUUAUUUACAGAUUAAGCAUAGAAAUCAUAAAAUUGCUUGUGAUCCUAUGAUUGAAAUAUUCGAUGAAUCUUUACAUCCUAUACAGAAUGAGCCAGUUCCUUUCGAUUAUGCUACACGUGAUCCAGAUUUGAAAACAGUAUAUCGGUUCAUUCGUAAUUUAUUCCAAAUGGCCCAGCUUUCUCCAGAAUGUGCAAUUGUUACUAUGGUUUACUUGGAACGUCUUUUGACUAGUGCUGAGACAGAAUUAACACCAAGUUCUUGGAAAAGAAUAGUUUUAUGCGCUAUAGUACUGGCUAGUAAAGUAUGGGAUGACCAAGCUGUUUGGAAUGUAGAUUAUUGUCAAAUUCUAAAAGAUAUGCAAGUUGAUGAUGUAAAUGAAUUAGAAAGACGAUUUUUGGAAAUAAUUCAAUUCAAUAUUAAUGUACCUAGUUCAGUUUAUGCGAAAUAUUAUUUUGAUAUUAGAUCAUUAUGUGGACCUAGUUAUCAGCCAACUUUAUUAUCUACUGAUCGUGCAUAUAAACUUGAGGUAUAUAUACAUAUGUAUGAACUUUCUCGAUUCCGUCUACAAUUUUUAUAAUGACGAUUUUAUGGGGAUAGUAUACCGACUUGGAAUCAUUGUGACAUAUAUCUAUCCCAUUUUUCUAUGAAAAAAAAGUUAAUUAAUGAAAUAAGAACUAGUAAAGGUUUUAAGUUUUUUUUUUGUGAGACUAAUAGAUAUCAUUCAUAUGUUCGAAUAGCUAUAUUAUGGUAGUCUUAAUUUAUAUGUAAGGUCCAGUUUUUUUAUCACAAUGCUAUCGAAACAUGAAAUCUUAGUAAGAUAAUGUUUCUUUUUGAUUUCUAUAAAAUAUGAUAUUUUUCAAAGCAUACGAUAAAUAAAUAAUAGUAUCAAGAUACUAGGGGUUGUUUAUCCUAUUAUAUCGUAAAAUAUUGAUUAUGAUGGUUAACCUCUGUAAUUAUUCGGAUUUAAAGUUAGAUAGAAUCAAGCUCAUAUUUUAGUGUCUAAGAUCUGUGACACUACUGUCCAGUAAUCUUUCCCGAAGCAAAUGUCUCUCAAAAAUUCAACCGAAGUACCUGUCAUGUGAUAAUCCCUUGUCAAUGUGCCUGAGUUUUUCAACCUAUUGUAUCUACCAAUCUUAUUUAAUCCGAAGUACUUGAGUUCAACUUCGUAGAAUAAUACUCUGAUGAACGUAUUAUUAUAAUCACGGUGUUAUGGAAGUAUUUUGGGAAGAAUAAAUAAAUUAAUCCACGUAAUAAGUUUUGAUAUAAUCCGUCUAUGACAUACGUGUUAUUGUACAAUGAAAGUUCAAGUAUGCCAUCAACUGUCCUACAUUCUUUAAAACCUUUAAAAGACGAUUAGACUUAAAUAUCUUAGUAAAUUAUCUACAUUCUGAGCAUUCGAACUUCAAGGCGUGUUGAUAAAUGUAUAACGGAAAUAAAAUGAGUAGAAAUGAGAAUUAUUAUAUAAAUUUAUGAUUACACAACUACUUUUCUGAAUGUAUCUGGUUAUUAACUUAUAUUUAGGCAUUUUCACGAGUAAUGGACGAUCAAUUUCAUGAUAUUGUUCAAAAGUGUCUUACCAAGAAAAAAUGGGGUAGUUUGGAUAACUUAACAUCUUCGCCUUCAUUUCGACGUGCCAUUAUAUCUUGAAAUAGCUGUAUCAACCGAUUUAUGUUUUUCUUUACAUUCUGCAAUAACGUGACAAUUUAAUUAUUGACUGUUUUUAUUUACCAUUUUCGGCAAGUACUUUCGGAUCUUCUAAUAUCCGUCCUACAUUACUAUUCUAUCGUUUUAUUCUAUUAAGAAUAUCAUUAUUGACUAAUUUUUUUUACAUGAACACCAGACUCUCCAGUGUCUCAUAUACAUACAUUUUGUAAUCUAAUUGAUCUCAAUUUACUUCUUCAAUUGACAGACAAACGAUUUGCAUUUGUGUAUAGUAAUUCACACGUAUAAAUCAUUUGUUGAAUUACAAAGAAUUUCUGCUUCACAAGGAACAUUAAUACAAAUUAUUAGUAUUCAGUAUAUAUAUAUAUAUAUAUAUAU